ACGCCUCUAUUCAAGCCUUGUAUAUAUCAUCUCUCCCGGUUCGCAUGCGCCACGCCUCCUUGCCUUUGUAGACCUUCCAGAAUAAGCCACUGUCAUGUUGCAAGUUUGACUUCCUGACUUGCAUUUAAUCUAGCUCUUACUUUCAUGUCUUCCCUGGGCCCAUCGCAACAUGUCCUUCACCUACCAACUCCAGAAAAUCAAUCAAUCAUUCGACCAGAUUGCGGCUUGGUAUCAAGAAUUUAUGCGCAGAACCGAGUUGUGUUUUCGGAAACUGCAUGAGCGCAUCCUACUACUUGAGCAGAGGCCCCCCAUACAAGCACCCACAGACGAGCAACUUGAACGUGUGUUACGCAACAUCUUGGCUGAGAGGUUUUCGGAUCCGGUCAUGCAUCAUAUGAAGAAAGACGACGUCGCGCGAGACGAGGGCUGGUUUGUCAAAGACCCUUAUCCGAAGUCUAUCAAGAUGAACGUUGCAUCCCUUCUCGUACCUCCAGAGUCAGUUCCAUCACAGACAUAUACAGACACAUUUCGAAUGCUAGAAGAUGGGCUUGAUGGCUUUCCUGGCGAGGAUUUGCUUUCAGAAGAAAACGAAGACCGUAGGGCGUACUGUCCUAAAAAAGACGGACGUUUUUCCCGCAGUGUCUAGGUGUAUACCAGUCGUCUCGGAGUCAUUCCAGUCUGCUCGAAGCCGCCAGUCUCCCACCUCCACUCUUCGAUCCGUACCGCCGGUUCAAUCCUAUCCGCACUCGCUUACGAUCACCCACACGCGAUCAUGUUCUACGUUGCCUAUUUACUACAGAUAACGAACAACGCUGCCAGCACGACGCCACCAAGGUCAAACCACCGUUCCAAACAAUAUCAAACGCUCACGCCAAACAACUUCGAAGCUACCAGCUUAUACAACACUUCUGCGACAUAUGAGUGCUGAGCAGUUGGUCACAAAAAGGGAAACGCUGGCCGUACAAUCACCCAUAUCGCUACUGAUGCGACAAUCUCAUUAUAACAUACAUAUUGCUCUACUAUCGACUACCUACUGUAGAAAUACAAUACAUGCAUCAUGCUAA